UUUCAGAUAUUUUAACAUCCACGACACGGGCAAUGAGUAAUUUGAUCCAACAUCAUGAGAGGUUAUAUCAGUUUAUCAAGCACAAAGAAAGGGUACUGAAAGCGAAGCCUGUCGUUGAAACCAGAUCUCGAUCCAAAUCAAUGCCAGGACGUCCAAGAAUUUCAUUACAAAAGCGUGACGAAGAAAUAAAGAUCCAGGAAGAAAACGAGCGCCUACUGAAAUCGUUACUGAAAAUUUCGGAACGAAAAUCGAAGUAUGUGUAAUUCGGUAUUCCCAGUCCAUCUCUCUAUGAUAGUGU